AUGGGGGACAAUAAAACUCCCAAUGGCGGGUUUAUCGAUUCUGAGCGCUUCCUAGAGCUCGUUGCUGCCGCUGCGCAUCCUGCAAGCUCCAAUCUUCCUUCCGACAACCUCGCUCAGUCACUGGGCAUCCAGGGCCUCCCAACCGCUUCCGAUGCCAUCAAGCAGCUGGAGUCUGACGUAUUAUCUCCUCCUAAGGACCUCUCUGAGGACUUGUGGCGCUGGCAGGUCCCUCUGCCUACGCAGGUUCCCUUCCCUCCGUUGACCCUAACCCCGCUUCCGGCAACGCACACCGUCGCCCCAACCUUCCGCGGCAUUGACGGCACGUUCACGCAUUGGCGCGAUGCCCUCGCUCCUAAGCAACCGUUGCACCCCAACCUCUCGUCAUCAAUGCAGCGUGAGCCAGGCGCGCUCAAGAACUUUGUCCGCGGCAAGAGCACGAACGCGCCUUUCCUUCCAGGUGGACUGGAACCGGCUGUGACCCCUGAAGAGGUGGAGGAGGACCUUGCUGAGGAAGAGGGAUGGAAGACGCGGGCGCCAGGCCUCAAGCGCGGCCUUCAGUUGGACGGCGCGGACGAGUUCCUCGUUGAGAUGCUUGGGCAGCAGUCGAUGGCAACUAAGGCAAGAAGGCGAAGGCGUGGCGGUGACGAGUCUCCGACACUCGAGGUCUCGCGGCUGGGUGACGAUGACAUCGCCACGCCGGACAGCGAGGAGCGGCUCGGCGCACCUUCUUCUCGCAAGAACGUGGACGAUCUGCUACCUGUCGGCCGUUUGCCAGCCCCACCGCCGGCUCGGAGAAAUCUUAUUAAGGCGGCCGAGAAGAAGGAGUGGGCCCACGUCGUUGACGUUAACCAGGAGCUCGUCAACUUCCGCGAGCUGGUCCCCGAGAUGGCUCGAGAGUACCCCUUCGAGCUCGACAAUUUCCAGAAGGAGGCCGUGUACCGUCUUGAGAUGGGUGACUCUGUCUUCGUCGCCGCGCACACAUCGGCCGGUAAGACUGUCGUGGCAGAAUAUGCCAUCGCCCUUGCUGCGAAGCACAUGACUCGCGCUAUUUACACCUCGCCUAUCAAGGCGCUGUCAAAUCAGAAGUUCAGAGACUUCAAGACGACGUUUGACCCAUCGACCGUGGGCAUUCUAACAGGAGAUGUUCAGAUCAACUCGGAAGGAAGCUGUUUGAUCAUGACGACCGAGAUUCUGCGAAGCAUGCUCUACAAGGGUGCAGACUUGAUCCGUGACGUCGAGUUUGUAAUCUUUGACGAAGUGCACUACGUCAACGACGCGGAGCGUGGUGUCGUGUGGGAGGAGGUUAUCAUCAUGUUGCCCGAGCACGUGAAUAUCAUCCUGCUUUCCGCCACUGUGCCAAAUACCAAGGAGUUCGCAGACUGGGUUGGGCGGACGAAGAAGAAGAACAUCUACGUCAUCUCAACCCCCAUGCGCCCAGUCCCUCUUGAGCACUUCCUCUGGGCAGGUAAGGAGCUGCACAAGAUUGUCGACUCGAAGGGCCAGUUUUUGGGCAACGGAUACAAGAAUGCGGGGGAUGCGCUGCGGCGGAAGCAAGACAAGGAGCGCGAGGCCGCCGGCCUUCCUCCACUCACCCGCACCGGCGGACGAGGAGGUGCCCCGACAAAGGCGCGCGACCUCCCCACUGGCAAGCCGGCCCCAUUCACGCGCGUCGGCGGCGGUCGGACACACGCCAACCGUGGGGGUGGCCAAGGCGCACCCGGUUCAGCUCAACGGGGCGGCGGCGGCGGCGGGGGUGGUGGUGGUGGAGGAGGUGGGCGUCGACCAGGUCGCGGGCAGCUCGACCAGAACGUCUGGACGCACCUCAUCGCCCACCUGCGCAAGAACAAUCUUCUUCCUGUUGUCAACUUCGUCUUCAGCAAGAAGCGCUGCGAGGAGUACGCGCAGACCUUAUCGAGCACAGACCUGUGCGACGCCAAGGAGAAGAGCGAGGUUCACAUUGUGUGGGACCGCGCGCUCCAGCGCCUGAAGGGGUCGGACAGGACACUGCCUCAAAUCUUGCGCAUGCAGGUUGUCGAGAUCCUCUUCGCGCGCGGUCUCGUCAAGGUGCUCUUCGCGACAGAGACGUUCGCCAUGGGUGUCAACAUGCCAGCAAAGAGCGUCGUCUUCUCUGGUAUCCGGAAGCACGACGGCACAGGCUUCCGCAACCUGCUCCCGGGAGAGUACACGCAGAUGGCUGGGCGUGCUGGUCGACGUGGUCUCGACACGACUGGCACUGUCAUUAUCCUCAGCGGUGGCGACGAGCUUCCAGGUGUCAAGGAGUUGCAGGAGAUGAUGCUCGGGGUGCCCAAUCGACUCACGUCACAGUUCCGCCUCACAUACAACAUGAUCCUCAAUCUUCUCCGCGUGGAGGCUCUCAAGGUCGAGGAGAUGAUCAAGCGUUCGUUUUCGGAGAACGCGGCGCAGAAGCUCGCGCCAGAGCAGCAGAAGCAGGUCGAGCAGACGGAAAAGCUCCUUGCGAAGCUGCCGAACGUCGAGUGUGACGUGUGCAGUACCGACAUCAGCGCGUUCUAUGACCUCUCCACAGAGGUGGUGCGCCUGAAUGCGCAGAUCAUGCGCCAGGCCGCGUGGGCCCCUGGAAAACAGUUCGUCCCUGGCCGCAUCGUUCUCCUCCGCGAUGGGCAUUACCCAGGCAACGUCGCCGUCAUCUUGAGGAACGCCCCGUCGAUUGUGCAGGAGGGCACCAAGCGUGAUACCCGGGCGUUCUGGGUUAUUGCGCUUGUCACCAAGGGCCAGAAGAGCAAGCGUGAGGACAUCAAGGACUCGGAAGUGAUGCCGCGCUGGCCCCCAGCCCUGCCGAACAGCAUUAAUUACCCCCACUGGGAGCUCGCCGCGGUGGACUCCACUUCAGUUGCCUUUGUGACGAGCCGUAUCCACAAGGCCGAUGUGAUAUCGAUCCUCGACAAGCGCUCGAAGGAGGCCUCAUUCCAGACUAUGGACGAGCUGGUUAAGAUUCAAGCCGAGUUGGCAUCAGGAAACUCGUUCGAGGAGUUUGACUGGUCGCGCCUGUCCAAGCUCGAGUUCCAGGAUCUGCUCCGACACCGCAUCGCGCUUUCGGACCGUAUCUCGAAGCUGGGCUGCCAGCUAUGCAAGGACUUUGAGGACCACUACGAGAUCAUCCAUGAGCGCAAACAGGUCGAGAACAGCCUCAAGGCGCUGCAACUGGCGCUCUCCGACCAGAACCUUGAACUCCUGCCUGACUACAACUCGCGCAUAGAAGUGCUCAAGGAGCUGCAGUUCAUCGACGAGAACGCGACCGUGCUUCUCAAGGGCCGCGUGGCGUGCGAGAUCAAUUCGGCCCACGAGCUCAUCCUCACAGAACUGAUACUCGACAACGUGCUCGCAGACUAUUCGCCGGAAGAGGCCGUCGCCUUGCUCUCCGUUUUCGUUUUCGUCGAGAAGACUGAGUCGCAGCCCCAGAUCCCCGCCAAAAUUGCGCAGGGACUGGACAUUAUCUACGCGAUCGCGGACAAGGUGGAGAACACGCAAUUACGGCAGCACGUUGCGUUCGAUGACUUCCGAGAGAAGUUCAAGCCUGGCCUUGUCGAGGUGGUGUAUGAAUGGGCCCGUGGAAUGCCGUUCUCGGAGAUCACGAACCUCACGGACGUGCCCGAGGGCAGUAUCGUGCGUAUCAUCACGCGCUUAGAUGAGACAUGCCGCGAGGUCCGCGACGCGGCGCGCGUCAUUGGUGACGCGGACCUGUUCCAGAAGAUGGAGGCCGCGCAGGCGCUAAUUAAGCGUGACAUUGUGUUCGCGGCCAGCUUGUACCUUUAG